AAAGAAAACAUAUUUUAAUUACCACCAACUGCUACCUUAUCCUCAGUAGUCCGUGGCGUCCUCAGCUCAGAAGUCACUUACCCUGCCGUCACUUCGACGAUCAAGUCCAGGGCCGGCCCAUCUGCUCCGGCGAGUCGGCAAUCUUUCGGCGAUGGCUCUGGCGCACGGCAAAUGGCGUAAGCUUGAACAAAGAGGAACCGGAGGACCUGGAGCAAGAAGCUCACACGCCGUAACCGUAUUCGCACAGAAGGCCUGUGUUUUUGGCGGCGAGUUGACGCCGCGCGUCCCGGUCGACAACGAUCUCUACGUCUUCGACCUCCACGACCUAACUUGGACGGUGGCCGCGGUCACCGGAGACGUCCCUCCGCCGCGAAUCGGCGUCACGAUGGCGUCCGUGGGCGACACCAUCUACGUGUUCGGCGGGAGAGACGGUGCACACAAGGAGCUCAACGAGUUUUAUUCCUUCGACACGCGCACGAACAACUGGACCUUACUCUCCGCCGGACCUCCUCACCGGAGCUACCACUCCAUGACCGCCGACGACCGCCUAGUGUACGUCUUCGGCGGCUGCGGCGUCGCCGGCCGGCUGAACGAUCUCUGGGCUUAUGACGUCGCGGAUCAGAAGUGGACCGAGUUUCCAAGCCCGGGAGAGGGGUGUAAGGGCCGGGGCGGGUCGGGGCUGGCUGUGGCGGGCGGGAGAAUAUGGGUACUGUACGGGUUUUCCGGGUCGGAGCUUGACGACGUGCACUGCUUCGACCUGGCUCGUGAGGAGUGGGUCCAAGUUGACAUAGAGGGCGAGAAGCCGACGCCGAGGAGUGUAUUUUCAACGGCGGCGAUAGGGAAGUACGUAUUUAUAUACGGCGGGGAAGUGGAUCCGAGCGAUCAGGGGCAUCUCGGCGCCGGGAAAUUUGCCGGGGAGGUUUACGGGCUGGACACGGACGCGAUGGUUUGGAAGCGGUGGGAGGACGGCGGCGACCACCCGGGGCAGCGGGGAUGGUGUGCGUUUUCGGCAGGGCGGCGAGGCGGGAAAGAGGGACUGUUGGUGUAUGGAGGGAACUCGCCGAGUAACGAUCGGCUGGGCGACAUUUUCUUUUUCACUCCUUGUUUUGAGAUCCAUGAAAAAUAAGAACUGAUAUCUCCCCAACUCUACGGGGUGAUGCGAGUAUUCGUGUGUAUGCGAGUAUAUGUGUAAUGUAUCGUUUCUCAAGCUUCUGCUUAUAAGUUCUGUUUUAUUUCUUUCGUUUUAAUAAAUACUUUUACCUUCUUCUAAAAUACAAAAAA